AUCAGACGAGGUAUGCCUGUUGCAGCCUGUGAGAGGCAGAGGUGGGCGGUGCACUUUAAAUCAGGCUAGACAAGUGUUGGGGGAGUGUGUGUGAUGCUACAACCUCCUUAUAAAGGGACUCUCUCUCGCGUUGUGGCUUGGAAAUUAGAGCAUUGCCUAAAAUUGAGGUAUCCACAUACACAAUCUCAAACACGCCGAGUCACCGAGAACCGCUGCCAUGAACCGGAUGAACGUUGAGGAAAUGAUCCGCAGGGCCGAGACGCCUGUCUUCUGGGUCGGUGCCUUCACUGUGGCCUCCUUUUCGCUGUGGCUGCUCUACAAGCUGCUCUUGGGCAUCAGGAUCUGGGUCUUGGGAAAUGGACGGCUGCUCUCCCCGGCGCUGGGCAAAUGGGCAGUUGUGACGGGUGCCACGGAUGGAAUUGGGAAAUCGUAUGCGGAGGAGUUGGCUCGUCGAGGAUUUGCCAUGAUGUUGAUCAGUCGCUCCCAAGAAAAGCUGGAAGAUGUGGCCCGAUCACUUGAGGAGCAGUAUAACGUGGAAACUAAGACAAUUGCUGUUGACUUUGGCAAGACGGACAUCUACCCAAAGGUCGAAGCAGGAUUGGCUGGUCUGGAAAUUGGGGUUCUAGUUAACAAUGUUGGAGUGUCCUACCCUUACCCAGAGUAUUAUCUCCAUAUUCCUGAUUUGGAAAAUUUCAUCACAAAUAUGAUAAAUGUCAACAUGACCUCUGUGUGCCAGAUGACCCGUCUUGUGUUGCCCAGAAUGGCUGAGAGGUCCAAAGGUGUCAUCCUCAAUAUCUCCUCUGCAAGUGGCAUGUACCCUCUCCCUCUGCUUACACUCUAUUCAUCCACCAAGGCCUUCAUGGAUUUCUUCUCACGUGGCCUUCAGGAGGAGUACAGACGCCAGGGCAUCAUCAUCCAGAGUGUGCUGCCCUUCUUUGUGGCCACGAAAAUGACUCGUAUUAGGAAGCCAACACUUGAUAAACCCACACCAGAGCGUUAUGUUGCAGCUGAGCUCACAACUGUGGGUCUGCAGAACCAAACCAAUGGCUACUUCCCUCAUGCCGUCAUGGGUUGGGUGACCACCAAGCUGGUGCCAAACAGCAUUGUUAUCUUCCUGGGAGCCACAAUGAACCGCCUUCAGCGCACGGGAUACCUGCAGAGGAGGAAGCUGCGGGAGCAGAAGAAUGGAGCAAGUUUGAAAAGUGAAUAGAAGGUCAACUAUUGAUGCUGGCAGGCCCAUUGCAGUGUUUGGGAAAGAUGGAAAUGUGUAUAAUUCAUCCUCUGAAGUCUGCCUAAGAUGCAACCGAUUUGUGCCUUUGAUUAAAUGUGCACAUCAGAGCAUGUUUUAACUUGUUUGAAACUGCAUUUGUCUACCCUGACACUGGUCUUGGGAGAAAUGGCCAAAGUAGUUAAGAAGUGAUAUCAUAAAGUGCUAAUAUUACCAAAGGUCAGCAAUAUUUGUUGUUUGUUUGUUUGUUUUUGGUCAAUGACACUGAUGGUGGGAAUAAUAGUGACGUGUUUAACCCUGCUGUUGUAGGCAGUGGAAAACGGUGAUGGGUAUCUUGUCAUUUUAUGUAGAACUAUUUAUUGUAUAUUUGUAUGAACACACGAGCCAGACCCAAACAUUUUGAAACCAUUUUGUUUACUAAUCGGAGACCUUUAAAGAUGGCAGUAUCUGCAUGUCACUAUUUUUAAUCAUAUUAGUUUACUUGUUUCUUUGGAUAAACUUGCUGUCUUUUUUUCUUUCCUUUUUCCGGUAUUGCAUGUUUGUUUAUUUAAAUGUCACACUAUGGUGGGUUAGUAGAUGCAUCAAUUUAUUACUUCGAAGCCAGUAUUUUUUCAUAGUGCUGCAGUGCAUUCCUCAUUACAUUAUAUCUGCCAAAUAGUUAGGUUCAGUGAUGGGAUAUUUGAUUUAACUUCUAGAUACUGGAUCUUGUCAACUGUUACUGGGAAGUACUUACCUGGGAAUUACUGAUUACGGAUUUAUUUUCUUUUAAUUUGCCUAAUGACAAUGUCAACCUUGAUAUUUUUGUGUGUGUGUGUGCAUGUAUUUGUGUGUGUGUGUAUAUAUACAUAUACGUAUAUGUGUAUAUAUAUGUGUGUGUAUCUCCAAUGAUUUCUGUAGAAUUUUUUUUCUUUUUUUUUAACAUCAAAAUUAGAAGGUUAUAGUAUCUGCUUUAGUUUCAGACUUGUUAAAAUACAAUUGAUAAAUAUAUUUUAAAUAUUAGAUCAUGGCAAUGCUGAUUUUUUUUUUUAACAGUCAUCUCUCAAAUCAAUGCACCAUAUGAUGUGCUCUGACCUGUGCCUUUGGAGAAGUAGUGUUUGUGAAUGUUUUUCCUCUCUAAUCUUUUAUAUUCUUGGAAGUUUCUUCAUGUAAAUGUAAUAUUUACAAUUCUUUCGCUGAUGGCAAAUUAUGUUUUCUACUGUUUGUUAAUAAAAGUUUUGUCAAAA